AUGUCCAAAGCCCAGCAGGAUCAGUUCAUCGACGAUGACGAGGAGGAAAGCUGUCCGCUCUGCGUCGAGGACUUCGAUCUGGACGACAAGUCAUUCCGGCCUUGCCCCUGUGGCUAUCAAGUAUGCCGAUUCUGCUACAACAAUGUCAAGAACAACAUGAACGGCCGAUGCCCCGCCUGUCGCCGACCGUACAAUGAUGAGGACAUUGUACUCGAACCCAUCACUGCCGAGGAGCAAGCCGCGUACAAGGCCCGGCAGGCGCAGAAGCACAAGAAGACUCAGGCCGCCUUACAGAAGGAGAAGCAGAAAGUGGAAGCAGACAACCUCAGUCGAAAGCAUCUCGCCGGCCUGCGUGUGGUCCAGAAGAACCUCGUUUAUGUGACGGGGCUCAGUCCGAACUUCCAGGAAGACAAGCUGCUGGCCACUUUGCGCGGGAAUGAGUACUUUGGCCAAUAUGGAAAGAUUAUCAAAAUCGUCGUCAGCAAGGCCAAGGACAUUUCCCAUCCACAAUCAGUCGGCGUUUAUGUGACGUACGAGCGCAAAGAGGAUGCGGCAACGUGCAUUGCUAUGGUCAACGGCACGCAGAACGGCGAGAGGACACUCCGUGCUCAGUAUGGUACUACCAAGUAUUGCUCUGCAUACCUGAGGGGCGAGACUUGCACAAAUCGACAAUGCAUGUUCCUGCAUGAGCCAGGAGAAGCCGGCGAAAGCUACUCCAGAGAAGGUCUAUCCGCGCUGAACGCAGGCUCCUCACAAUCAUCGUCUCGCCCUCCUCCACAGUCCCAGCAACCCGUUGCUUCUGCAUCUGCCAGCCAACCUAUGGCGCGACAAUCCAGCGGAGACCGGCCAGAGAGUCCUGCUGUUGCCCGACCAGCACUUCCCUCCACCGCCAGCUGGGCGUCAAGACCGCCGAACACUCUGCCUGUUCGAUCUGAGAGCCGGUCGACGAGUACAACGAUGGACAGCCCGGCGGUGGCGCAUGCGACCCCAGCGCAGACGGCCCCCGAACCCACACAAGAACAAGCUGCAGCUCCCGCGCCUGCCCCAGAAACUACUGCACAGCCUGCGUCCAAGCCACCGAAACCGCGUCGGCCCCGAGAAGUGUCACCGCUCGUUGCACUAGUCAAAAACUUCCACAUCGACGAUCUGAAGUUCGCCUUUUCUGUUAGUGCACUACCACAAGCAGACCUGGACGCGAUUGACCGCUACCCACCUUUGUUCGACAAGAACGGCGGUGCAAGAAGACGGCAAAGAAGGUUGCGGGAAGAAGAGGAAAGGAGAACGGAGGAAGAAGCAGCACAGGCGUUUCGGCAACCUCCCACACUCGACACAGAUGACAGCGCCGGACUUGGCGGCAGCUUGCAAUUGGGAGGUGAGCCGGAAGACCGGGCGAGUCUCAGUCAGCCGACAAGCGCAAUCCAGCCACCUGGGACCGACGGCUUGCUCGACCAGAGGUUUCAAUUCGGUGGCAUCUCAAGUCCGGUGAGCGAUGGCCGAGGAAUGACGCAACAGCAGCAACAGCAGCUGCUUCUAAUGAAGGGACAAGGAGGGCAAGGCUCGUACCUAAACAGCAAUCAGCCUUCAUCUUUCCAGCAGCCGAAUCACCCUCCUGGCCACCAGCGCAAUGCAUCCCGAUAUUCCUUCGCCAACGAAUCGUCUGCAUCCACGUCAGUCAAACCGGUGGCCAAUGCCAAGCUCCUCAACCAGCAAUCCUCCAUUAUGCCGCCAACCGGAGGCAAUCAUUUCAGUGCACAGCAUCAGCCCCAUGGCAACCAAUUCUACACCAGUAACGUACAGGGGCCACCACCAGGACUUAAGACAACCGGGACUCCACCAGUUUCUGGCGGCAUGACCUUUGGACAAGGCCACGGUUUCGCUACCGGAGGCCUACAGUACGGCGCGAACGUCGGCGGACGCAACGCCAACGAAGAGAUGAUGCGCAACCUCCUCCGCACGCGUGGUGAUGGAGGCGACGCUUCUAAACGUGAGUUUGGUUCCUUUUCUAACUAUCCAACAGCACACUCCACCGCCUCCUUCCACAAUGCCAGCGGGCAAGGCAACCCCAGCUUUCCCACCGGCCCGCCUUCGUAUGCGUCGCUCAGCUCGUUUAGUGGCGAGGAGAAGCAGCGCAAGAAGAAGAGCAAGAAGCAUCGGCACGCGCAGACUUCGUCUUCGUCCGGCGGUGCAGGGCUGGUCGAUCCCGCCAACGAUGCCAGUCACUUGCUGCAGUCGCGCUUCGCUCAGGGCGGUGGCUUCGGCGGCUCUCAAGCUGCUGGCGCCGGAGGCGGUGGAGGUGGCCUGUACGGCGGCAUGCACGGCGGCAACGGAUACGGCGGACGGUGGUAG